AUGGCGCCUUCUGCCAUCAGCGACCUCCUCCCAUCCGGCCCACUGGCCUCGAAAUCUGUGGCCCCGCCAAAGGAGAACCAUGUGCACGGCAUGGAGAACAAAAGUCCGCUGGCGGCCAUUUCCCACGGCGACGUGAUGCUGGCCGGGGUGCCGAAUUUCGACGAUUUCGCCGCCAAACGACAGUGGCAGCUCGAACACAUGGCCGCGGCCUUCCGCCACUGGGCGCGCGAAGGCUACGUCGAGGGCAUUUCCGGCCACAUCAGUGUCAGAGAUCCCGAGCAUCACGACAUCUUCUGGACCAACCCUCUGGGUGUCCACUUCGGCCUGUUGAAAGCAAGUGACAUGAUUGCCGUCAACCUCGAGGGCAAGGUUGUGGGAGGCAACCGUACCCGCCCGCCCAAUGCUGCGGGAUUCUUGAUCCACAGCGAGUGCCACAAGGCCAGACCCGAUGUCGUGGCCAUUUGCCAUGCCCACACGGUCUACGGCAAAGCCUGGAGUGUCUUUGGAAAGCCGAUCGAGAUGUUGACACAGGACGCCUGCAAGUUCUAUAAAUCGCAUUCGGUAUACAACUCGUUUGGAGGUGUCGUCUUUGCGAGCGAGGAGGGCGCCCAGAUCGCCCAAGCGUUGGGUCCGACCAACAAAGCCUGCAUCCUACGCAACCACGGUCUCUUGACCGUCGGCAAGACAGUCGACGAAGCGGCGUUCCUGUUCUUGUCUCUCGAGCACGCAUGCCAGGGCCAGCUGCUUGCAGAGGCUGCUUCUCAAGGUGGCAACAUCGCGAAGGUUUUGAUCUCGGAGGAGGAGGCCGAAUAUACCAACAAAAUGGAAAGCGACUCCGAAACCUGCUAUGCCGAGUUCCAGGCUUAUUACGAUUGGGAGGACCACCUGUCCAAGGGAGAUUUCAAGAAUUAA